AAUGUGGUUUAGCUUCAGUUUGCGAGAGCAGCUAGCACACAUAUGAUGUGAAUGUAAUUGGAUAGAGUAUUCUUUGGACAUACAGUGAAGCUUUUGUGGCGACUGUCAGGGCAGCUUUUACCUUUUUUAAAGCUUCAUGUUAGGCUGCUCAGAGCGAUGCUAACCACUUUAUUGGACAUCAUCGUAAUGUUAGCGUGUGCGUGUUUGCAACAUUAACUUUAAAAAGCUACCUCAACAAAAAGUGAGACCUCCGUGUUUCUCCAUCCUAAACACCUCAGACUGUGACCUAAAACUAUUCCCAGUUAUGCCUAAUACCAGCGCAAGACCGAAGCAUGGCAGGAGGCCCCGAAGGCGGCGCAGAGAGGAUCCAGCCAGGAAUGAACUGGUGUCUAGUUCAUUAGAAAGUGCCCAGCAGUGCCUGUUAAACCAAGAUUAUGGAACUGCAUUUGUGCACUAUCUUCUGGUCCUCAACCUUGCACCUGUGUUUAAGGAAUUUGCAAAGGAUUCCUUCAGGUUCACUCUCUUCAAAUGGGCAGAAGAGCUGGACUCUGUGGGCCGCAUUCAGGACCUCUUUGACUGUUACGAACAAGCGCUGGAACUCUUCCCCGAUGAUGAAGUCGUCCUUAACAGCAUGGGCGAACACCUGUUCAAAAUGGGAUUUAGAGAUGAAGCUGCAGGUCAUUUCCACAAAGCCUUGAAAAUGAGACCAGAUUUUCCAGAAGCCAGAGAGAACUUCUACCGUGUGGCCAACUGGCUGGUGGAGCGUUGGCAUUUCUUAAUGCUCAACGACCAUGGGAGGAACCAGAAGUACCAGCAAGCUAUCCAGAAGGCUGUUCAGAGCGGCUGCAACACUGUACUUGACAUAGGUACUGGCACUGGGAUCCUUGGCAUGUGUGCUAAGAAGGCAGGAGCUGCUGAGGUGUACGCCUGUGAGCUGUCCAAGACCAUGUACGAACUGGCCUGUGAGGUGUUGACUGCAAACGAUAUGGACGGUAGGAUCAAGAUCCUCCACAUGAAAUCUCUGGAUAUGGAGGUGCCAAAGGACAUCCCACAAAGGGUGUCACUGGUGGUGACGGAGACCGUAGAUGCAGGAUUGUUUGGAGAGGGCAUCUUAGAGAGUCUCAUUCACGCCUGGCACCACCUCCUGCUGCCUCCAAAGGGAGCACAAGUACAGAGUGGGGAGGAUGAACCGUCCGCCACAGGUCGGGUCAUCCCUGCUGGAGCUACUGUGUUUGGUAUGGCUGUCGAGUGCUCAGAGAUCCGCCGGCAUCACAGGCUUUGUGUGUCAGAGGUGGGCGGUCUGUCCAUGGCUGCAGCCGGGGAGCUCCGUAGUCCAGUGAGCUGCACCUCUUUGCCGGAUGACUCCAUGGAGCCUUACACUACAGAGAGACUUAGCAGACUGCCAGGAGGAUAUAAAGCCCUGACAGAACCAUUCACAGCCCUCACCAUAGAUUUCAACAAUGUGCAGGAACUGGAGGGACUGACCUCCAGGAAGGUUCAGCAGAUCCGCCUGCUCGUCACUCAGGAGGGGAAGCUGGAUGCUCUGGCUGUGUGGUUCCAGCUCCACCUGGACGAGGAGAGCAGUCUGUCCACUGGACCCCAGGAGGACACUUGCUGGGAACAAGCCAUCUACCCUGACCACAGCAUCCAGGGUUUUGUCCUGAAACCUGGAGACGAGCUGAUUGUUGAAGUCUCCUGCCAAGAUGCCUUUCUGAGACUCUGCAGUGUUGCCGUGGUGAGAGAUGGGCAUGAAAUCCGUCUAGACAAGCGUCUGGAUCCGGAGCACUCUGGGAAUCCCAUUUCAAACCCAAACCCAGAGGCAGAGUUGUGCAGUGCAUUAGCAUCUCUACAGACGGACCAAAAUCAAACCAAAGACUUCUGCGUGCUGGAAAGUUCAGAAAUAGCACUCCUGAACAAUCAUGACUACCAUCAGAGUUUUAGCACCGCGUUAGCCAAACUCAUCACCCAACUGAAGGUGGCAUGCCAAAACCAAGAGCCAGGAUCAGGUGUUGAGUCUGACCUCACUGGAAAGCCCCUGUUCUAUGUGCUGGAUGUGUCCGAGGGCUUCUCCCUGCUCUCCAUCAUCGCCGCCAACCAAGGUCAUGUAAAAGCCUACAGCUCCAUGGAAAAGAACAAGCAACAGGAAGUGCUGAAGAAACUAGCUCGCUCCUGUAAUAUCCCAGAAGAAAAUCUAGAAUUCUGGCUCAACCACAUGGAGGACGAGCACGGGAUGUUGCAGAGGCCCUCCAGGGAAAAGCUGUGGAGCGCCAUCAUCCUGGACUGUGUGGAGACGUGUGGUCUAAUAAGACAAAAGCUGAUGGAGAAAGCUUCACUGGCCAGGUGUCUGCUGGAGGAAGGAGGACGCAUCUUUCCAGAGAAGAUUGUGGUGCAUGGGAUGUUGGUGGAGUCAGACACGCUGCUGUUGGAAAGUGCCGUUCAGGGUCAGGAGCCAACACUAGGAUUCAAUAUUGCUCCCUUCAUCAACCAGUUCACUGUACCAGUCCAUGUGUUUUUGGACUUCUCCACCCUGGAGUGCCGACGUCUCAGUGAGUCUGUGGAGCUCUUUGUUCUUGACCUUAUGAAUGCCAACGCAAACUACACCAACAGAGAAAUCAAGGUCCAGGCUACGUCUGCAGGCAGAUUAACUGCUAUUCCCUUUUGGUACCAAAUCUAUCUGGACCAAGACAUCAGUGUCAGCACCCUCAGCCAGAACUCACACUGGAGGCAGGCAGCAGUUGUGCUGCAGCAGCCCCUGGAGGUCCGAGUCGGAGACUGGGUCCGCCUCACAGUGAAGCUUCACAAGAGCACCAUCUCCAUGACGGCCCAUAUAGAGGAAGUCCCUGGUCAAAUGGAGUAAU